AGAAGAGAGAGGAGGACAGCAUUUAUUUCCAGAGAGAAAGAAAAUAGAUGUUUGAAUUCAUUGCCUAUGGUGAGGAUACAAUGAUGACCAGCAUUCUUGAGUUAUAAUCAUCACUUGGGAUUCUAUUUGAUCAGAAAAACGAAGAGGAGUGAAGAUGAACCAAACUGCAUCUGUCUCUCAUCAGAUUGAGUGUCAGCCGGUCAAGGAUAGUAAGGAGUUUGUGGAUGUCAGCCCUCAGCAGAGGAACUGGAAGGGCAUAGCCAUCUCUCUGCUGGUGAUUGUGGCCGUGUGCUCACUCAUCACCAUGUCAGUGGUCGUCCUCACACCCGCUGAGCUCCCUGAAAACAACAAGUCCAGGCUGACUGUGGCGGAUCUGUACAAACAAGAGUUCAGCGUCCACAACCCUGAAGCCACAUGGAUCAGCGAUUCAGAGGUGGUGUACAGGAACCGCGACGGCCACGUUAUCAAGUUCAACUUCGCCUCCAACGAGACGGAAUUCAUCCUGGCCAACAGCACGUUUGUGGCCUUCAAGGUGGUGAAGUACUCGCUCUCUGCAGAUCUGAAGUACGCGCUCUUCGCUUACGACGUCAAACAGACGUACAGAUAUUCAUACACGUCGUCUUACAUCGUUUACAACAUUUAUACCAGGGAGGUAUGGGAGCUGAAUCCUCCGGAGGUGCACAACGCGGUGCUCCAACACGCAGCUUGGGGAAAACAAGGACAGCAGCUGAUCUUCAUCUUUGAGAACAACAUCUACUACCAGUCCGAUGUGAGGAGCAACUCCCUGAGGAUCACCUCCUCUGGACAGGAGGGGGUCGUCUACAACGGCCUGGCCGACUGGUUGUACGAAGAGGAGAUCCUGCACACUCACCUGGCUCACUGGUGGUCUCCUGACGGAGAGAGGCUUGCUUUCCUCUGCAUCAACGACACGCUGGUUCCCAACAUGGUUCUCCCCCAGUUUACCGGCAGCACCUACCCCAGAGGACUCCAAUACCCAUAUCCUAUGGCCGGACAGAGAAACCCAGAGGUCAAGCUGUUGGUGGUCAACCUGUACGGAUCGACACACACUCAAGAACUGCAGCCUCCUGAUCAGCUGAAACUCAGUGAUUUCUACGUCACCAUGGUGAAGUGGAUCAGUAAUACUCACCUGGCAGUUCGGUGGGUCAACCGCUCCCAGAAUGCAUCAGUGCUCACAGUUUGCGACGCCACCAUCGGAGUGUGUGUGCAGAGACAGGAGGACUCUUCAGGGACAUGGCUGUCCUUUCAGGGACAGGAGCCGCUGUUCUCCAAAGACAGGAGCAGGUUCUUUCUCUCUCUGCCUGUGAAGCAAGGAGGGCAGGGAGACUUCAACCACAUCACAAUGUUCACUAAGAAGUUACGAAGUGACAAGGAUGAAGUUCGGCACUUAACGUCAGGGGACUGGGAGGUGACAAAAAUCGUAGCCUACGAUGAAAACAACCAGAUAAUAUACUUCCUGAGCACAGAGCACUCUGCACAACAGAGACAUCUGUACAGCGUGUCAACCCUCGGCCUGUUCUCCCGUCGCUGCGUCACCUGUGGACUGAAGGACGAGUGCUUGUUUUUUGACGCCGACGUCAGCCCCGACAUACAGCACGCCAUCCUGCACUGCAAAGGACCUGGAGUUCCAGCUGUGCUGCUCCUCAGUUUCAUCGAUGUUAACUCGUAUUUCAUCUUGGAGAACAACCUCCCUCUGCGUUCCGCUCUAGAGACCAAGAAGAGGAUCCAGACUGAAAUACGCAUGAUAACGAACGACAACUUUGCGCUGCCUCUGAAGCUCAUCUAUCCUCCCGACUUCUCAGACUCCUUCCUCUACAGCCUCCUGCUCAUUGUCGGCAGUUCUCCGGGGGAGCAGGCGGUGACAGAGGAGUUCCGGCUGGACUGGGACCUGGGGCUGGCGGGAUCAGAGCAGGUCAUUGUAGCACGACUGGACGGCAGAGGGUCAGGGUUCAGAGGUCAAAGGGUUCUGCAGCAGCUGCACCAGAGACUCGGAACGGUGGACACAGACGACCAAAUAGCAGCUCUGCGGUACCUGGUCAAACUGCCGUUCAUCGAUCACACUCGAGUGGGAGUCUUUGGAGAGGACUACGGGGGUUACCUGGCGCUGAUGAUGCUGAAGUCCACAGAGAACCUGAUCAAGUGUGUAGCAGCUCAGGCUCCCAUCACUGACUGGUCCAUGUACGCUUCUACGUUUUCGGAGAGAUACCUUGGCUCACCUUGGACUGAGGAGAACAAAUACCAAGCGUCUAACGUCCUGACCAACAUGAAAAGUCUGCAGGGAGCGACUCUGUUCCUGGCUCAUGGCACAGCUGACGCAAACAUUCACUUCCAGCACUCUGCAGAGCUCAUCAAACACUUAAUAAAGAUCGGGGCCAACUAUACCAUGCAGAUUUAUCCAGACGAGGGACACUUCCUGUCGACGCGCAGCCGGAUCCAGCUGACUCACUCCCUGGUUGGUUACUUCAGAGGCUGUCUGAUCGACGCAUCAUUACUCAGCCAACAGAGGAGCGAUGAGUGAGAGGAACCAUCGUGUGUGUGUGUGUGUGUGUGUGUGUGUGUGUGUGUGUGUGUGUGUGUGUGUGUGUGUGUGUGUGUGUGUGUGUGUGUGUGUGUGUGUGUGUGUGUGUGUGUGUGUGUGUGUGUGUGUGUGUGUGUGUGUGUGUGUGUUUUAUACUUGUAGCUUGAUGGACAAAACAAGCUCCUUCCCAACAUAUCAGAUGUAGUUCAGUCGCUCAUCACCUCAGUGGAACAGAGCUCCUACAGCCCGCUACGUUAAGUUUGAAAACCUGGAAUAUUUAUUGGUUUAUUGCAAUUUAUUUAAACUCUUAUGGAGAUUUGGAGGAUAAUGGGAUUAAACCAGAUGUUUAAUCAAUGCCACUGCACUCUCCAAACUGUGAAAAGCUCCUAUUAGCUGUCGUAGGAUUAGAAGAAACUCUGAAGUGUUUCCGCUUUUUCUCCCUGCACAUUUAAAGCAGCUUUGAGAAACUUGGAUCAAUCUGAUUCGAACAAUUGGCUUCAGAUCUUAAGUAUUUCUGCUCGAUUAAAUAAGCGCACAUUCUAAAUGCACAGCGUUACACUUUUUAACACAUGUCAGUGUCUGAGAUUUCAUUUCAGUUCCUUAUCAAUUCAUACCAACGGGUUUCUGGUCAGCCUGAAGGGGCCGGGCUGAGUUGUUCUGGUCCCAAAGCCCAAAACGGUCCUUUUCUAUUAGCUUUAUUAUAUUGUUGGUGAAUGCUCUGCCCUGUUUAAUGUUUACCAUAGACACUUUACAAGAGAUGUGACUCAUCUUUCCUGUCAUACUCAAAUAGUUGCAGGGUACUAUGUGCCACUUCAUUUUCUAUGCUUUUAUAUUUGCCACUGGUCCAAAUGGGUUGAAACGAACUGCUAUCUUUGACAGAGUAUUAUUUUUGCUUUCUAUACUCAACCUGAAACUGAUGUUCUACUUUCUGAAUUAAAAUCUCUCUGGAUGAAUUACAUGAAGUGCAAUUGCUCUCCACCUGUGCAUUUCCGGCUGCUUAUCCUUUACGUAUUGCAAUAAAAGCCUCCUUCAGUGUCACGGCAACACAAAGCCAUAGUGAGAGAGCGUUCACCGCUGUGACGUGCAGGACGCCUCUCUGGUGAAUCACAGUGAAGAAUGCUGUUGUAGAAAUGUAGGUAGAGUUCUAGGCUGCUAUAUUUGAGUCCACGUUAAAAAGAAUAUGAUGUGAAGUUGUGGUUAUUGUUUCUAUUGGGGUUUGUCCUGUGAAUCUAGCUCAUUCUUCCUGGAGGGGGAAACACUGUCGGUGAAUAAAGAAAAGCUUGUUGUUCUUUUUGCUGUUUUAAUAUUAAA